CCUAGAUCGGCCGAGCGCGCGCUAUGGGCUUCAGUCGUUUUUGGUUUCUGGGCGGCAGCCUGGCGAAUGGCUGGGGCCGACGAGUGUUGCGACUGUGCUUGAACGGCUAGUGAACCAUGGCAGAGCUCAAAGUAGUGUUGUUAGAGAAGAAACGAGUACCAGAAAUACAGGAGCUUCAACUUUGUCUUCUUCAACAAACAAAGAUCCUGCUGUCAACAUUCAUCAGCGCUCGAGUAGAACUACACCAGUUCUUGUUGUAGCAGAGAACAAGAUGAGCAAAAACAGUAGUCCAAAAAACUACAAUGGACACGAAGAAGAAGGAGGAACGUCGUCAGAUCUGUUUACUGCAAGUAGUGCGACGUCUGCAAGUAGCACCGGGCGUAUGGCCAUGUCUAGGAGCUACGAGCAGACUGCGGGAAGCUUUCAGGUCUACAUAGUUAAGGUGCCGUGCGCGUUUUUUGAUACUAGAAGUGAUGUCUAGUCUGUAGUACCGAAUGCUGUAUGUUUGGACACUUGUUUUGAUUUGUUGUUGAGCAACAAACUUUUCAUGCCCGGGAUCACUGGAGUCCCAGCCCUACUACCUUUACUUCUACUUCUAGAAGGUGGACGCAUUUUCCACCAGGAACUACUAUUUACAAUUCUAAUACGCAUUAUGAUGGUUGCAUUUACUUGGACGAGAUAGCGCGGUUGAGUGGCAAGCAGGCUUCUUCCCCAGGGACAGGCAGGAUAAGAAAUUCUACAGAGGGCGGAAAGCAUACGCAACAGACCUUAGUUUCAGUCGACGAAAAGUACCUGGACCAAGGUAGUAAGGAAGAAGAUGCGUCGCCCGGACGACCAAGAAGUGUGCUAGGUACUCGUUGGCCACGGAGUGUUUUGCUUCUGCUCCCAUUCCAGAAGGGCGUGGGCGAAUACAUGGAUGUGGGGGCGCAGAAGGAGGUCGCGCAAUUCCUGCAGAAUCCUUAUUCUUAAGGCCGCAACCAAGAGAGCAUCCUCAACACCAUUCUUGGCCUCUUUUUCAAGGGGAAAAGGGCCCAGGGAUGGCCUCGGGGUUGCGGCGCGGUGGCUCUAAUAUUCCCUGGGCUUGCUUUCCGGACGGCCACGGAAGGCGCACUACUUCGUAGGAUGCUUGGAGCAACAUUUGCUCGUACACUUAGACCCUCACACAGUGCAAGAGGCCGCUUUGAAUCUGCGACAGCCGACGCGCACAUUUUCAGACUCAGGAGGGAGUCGUAAUCCGAGUGAACCUGUAAGACGGAAAAUGCUUUUGACCCCACACUCUACGAUAGCGCAUCCGGUGAAAGUUGAGACAGCAAAAGCAAGCGCUGCGGCUGCUCCGAGGCCACCGAAGCUACCUAGGGAAAACAUGGCAGGGAGUAGUGCGCCUCCCGUGCUCCAUCUGGAUGACGAUUUUUCUAAUGCGGGAGUUCUGCCCUACGACCAACAAGUGGGACAAACGCAACAACGUACAGCAGGAAUAGGUUCUCCGACAGGUUCUCCUACUUUCUCUUCUCUUGAGACUGCGCCAGACCAGCAUUAUGGGACUGUUAGAAGACCAACAAGUUGUAAUUCGGGAGCAACUAUACCAGGAGACCGAAGAAGUGGAAAUCAUCAACGUUCAACUUCUAGUGGUACUCUAACAGACUCCAGGACAGCUGAUCUCCCAGGCUGCCCAUCUUCUACUCCAGGUGGAAAAACAAUACCUUCC